UAAGAAAAAAAAAACAGUUGAAUGUUGGAGUCAUUAAUUCUUCAUAUUCAGUGGGAAGCAGAGGAUAAAAGAGGUCCCAAGUAUGGACAUUGUGCUUGAUGAAUGCUUACCAUAAGCAAGAUGAAAUUAAGGCAAUUAAGCUGUUGUGAUGGUUUCCAUUUCAUUGCUGCAGUGCAGCGUUCUUCAUCCUAUAAAUAAGACACUUCGUCUCCUCCCACUUCCAUUCCAAUUCAAACACAAUAUUCAAACAUGUCCAUGGCAGGAAAUAACAUUGGUGUAUUUGUUCUGUUAUCAGCAUUAUGGAUUCUCGUAUCUGCUGUGUUUGUUUGGGGAGGACCCUCACCCUACCUUACUUUUCAGGAAGGCUUUCGAAUCACUUGGUCAGAUGAUUCUCAUGUCAAGCAAAUUGAUGAAGGCAACACCAUCCAACUCAUGUUAGACCAAAAUUCUGGUAGUGGCAUUGGAUCCAAAAGUAAGUACAUGUUUGGCAAAGUCAGCGCAAAUAUCAAGCUUAACGCGGGCGAUUCUGCUGGGACUGUUACCUCACUUUACGUGAUUGAACUUGACACGGACACGAGACGCGACGAACUCGAUUUCGAGUUCUUAGGGAAUCGUAGUGGGCAGCCUUACGCAGUUCAGACUAACAUUUAUAGUAACGGGAAAGGUGAUAGAGAACAACAGUUCUACCUCUGGUUUGAUCCUACUGCAGACUUCCACCUUUAUACUAUUUCGUGGAAUCAACACCAAAUUAGAUUCUAUGUUGAUGAUGUUCCCAUUAGAGUGUACAAGAACAAUGAAGAGAAUGGAAUACCAUACCCAUCGAAGCAACCCAUGGGAGUGUAUUGCACACUAUGGGCAGCAGGUUGGGCAACAAGAGGUGGGUUAGAGAAAAUUGAUUGGAGCAAGGCACCUUUUAUUGCUUAUUACAAGGACUUUUACAUAGAAGGGUGCCCACUGCCAGGCGGGCCUGAAAACUGUACCACAAACCCAAUUAUUGGGUACCGGGAUAUUCCUUCAUUUGACAUCCGAAGGUACAAGUGGGCUCGUCAAAACUACAUGAUCUAUGACUACUGUCAAGACAAGGCACGGAACUCUGUGACUCCACCGGAGUGCGUUGAUGGGCUUUAAGCCCAAAGCUCAUAUCAGUUCAAUAAACCAAACUACAUGGGAUGGAUAUCCUCUUAUUUACACUACAAUAAAGAAAAUUACAGAUAAAUAUUGUCAUUACAUUUUAAUUUCAGUUUAUCCCAUGUGAUAAGUCCCUACUAUGAAAGAUGUUCAGAGACAGGUUCAUAAUAAAAUUGAAGUGGUUGCAUAUAAAAUUAAAAGUGGGGUUUUUAGAAAAUUAUUAGUAGCAUAUAUUGAUGAAGAAAUUUAUGAAAAUAUCCGAUAUAGAGAGGGUUGAGUAUUCGUUCAACAAAUACC